AUGGAUCGGCCCGGCCUUCAGAGACUCUUUUCUGCCUGCGACGUGAACAAGUCCGGGGUGAUCGAGUUUGAGGACUUCACGGUGGUCUGCCGGGAGCUCGGCGUCCCGGACGCGGAGAUCCAAACUCUGUUUGGCAAGUUCGGCGCUGCCGAGGACGGAUACAUCGACUACAGCAGGUUCUCCUGCAGGUUCCGGGAGGUGUCGGAGACUCUGGACCUGGCGGCUUUCGGCUCCGGGGCAGCCCGAGCCCCGGGGGAAGAGUUCGUGGACAGGGUGGACGCGGGCUCUGUCCUCUCCUGCAGCCUCAGGGAGCAGCUGGCUGAUCUUCACCAGGCCAUUCACUCCUCUGCAAACAUAACUCUUCUGGAAGCGUAUGAGGAAAUUGUCAACUCUCUGAUCAGUCAAAGCUUGGACAACAAGCUCGAAUGUGCACAGCUGACGACCAGUUUGAAGCGAGCUGAGGAGAUGAAUAACAGUCACCUGGUAGAACUGGAGGAGGAUAUUCAGCAACAGCUCGCUAGAGCCGAGGAGCGGGUGAGAGACGAGGAGCAGAAGAAGAUGGAAGGAAUAAUGCUGACCAUUGAGAGGAAGCAUGAGAACGAGCUCGCAGAGCUGCAGGCCACAGUGGAGAGACUGUUAAAGAGUGAGGAAGACUCUGAACUCAGCCAGUCCAGGGAGGAGGUGCUCAGACUGAACCGGCAGAUCAGCGGUCUGACGCAGGAAAACGAGCAGCUCCAGAGUUCUCUGCUGCAGGCGCAGACGGACAUCGCCGUCCUUCACUCGGAGCUGGACAAGCUGAAGAACAUGUACGCAGACCAGAAAGCUCAGUAUGAAAGAGAUACGGAGGAUUUGAAGAGGAUGGUCUUGGAGUACCAGUCGUACUCGAGUCACAUUCAGGUCCUACAGGAAACGAAUAAAAAGCUGUAUGACAGUAAUGACGGGCUCCGUUCAGCUCUAGCCUCUGAAGUGGUUACAGCUAAAAGGAGGCUUUCUCCCCAAAAUGAGACCCCGGCCCGAAGAAUGAAACCUCUACGACAAAGCACGCUCAAUAAUGGCAGCUCGGAGCAGAAUCCCAGCAUCUCCCAUGUGUCCACCUGGGCCGACAGGUACCUGGACAGCGGGUUGUCCCUGCCGAUGGACAUAGCCGAGAGCUCGGGCAGCGACUACGACACUGACGACACCAGGAGCUCUGUGGAAACCGUGCAUCACAGCUACUCGUACGUCCCGUCCGACGUGGAGAUAUCAGAGGUGAAAUCUGAGGCUGCAGUGUCGGUGGCUCCCAGCAAAGCCAGCUCCGUCGCCUCCUCCCUUCGAAGACGCCUGUCAGCCUUUUCCACACAGCCACUGGAGGAGGAUUUAUUCGUCAGUGAAGAACCUGCACCGAUGUACCGUCUGGUUUUAGCAGGAGACACAGGAACUGGAAAAUCGAGCUUCCUUCUGCGGCUGACUCUCAAAGAGUUCAAAGGAGACAUUCAGACGACACUUGGGGUGGAUUUCCAGAUGAAGAAGAUGCUGGUGGACGGGGAGGCCAUGAGUCUGCAGAUAUGGGACACCGCAGGGCAGGAAAGGUUCCGUAGUAUUGCCAGGUCCUACUUUCGCAAAGCUCACGGAGUCCUGCUGCUGUAUGAUGUUACCUCGGAGAGCAGCUUUCUCAAUGUUAGGGCGUGGGUGGAUCAGAUUCGGGAUUCCACCGACGACGACAUCUGCCUCUGUAUUGUUGGAAACAAGGUGGACCUCCGGGAGCAGCUUCCAUCACAGGGAUGUGUGAGCACGGCAAACGGAGAAAAGUUAGCCAAGGCAUACGGUGCCUUGUUCUUUGAAACAAGUGCCAAAGAGGGAAUCAACAUCGUGAAUACAGUGCUUCAUCUAGCAAGAGAAGUAAAGAAAAUGGGCAAAUUGAGGCGAAAAUCAGAAUCUCAGGUCAGACUGAGUGAGAUCAACCCGAAGAAGACUCUCAGCGGCUGCUGCGGACUCUAGACACCCGUCUGUACAUGCACACGGAACAAUGAAGGACAUCAUGCUGCUUUUAUUUUGAGAGGAAGAACACAACUCUUCUGUUUAUUUUAACUUUGAGAUAUUUAACUUUUUUACUUUAUAGUUUCUUAAAUGUUUGAUCAAAAGUGAAGGUUUUUAUAUUUAGAAAAAUGCACAUGCACAAAUAUCAAUGUAUAUAAUAUGAAAUAGAUUUUAACAUUUUAUAUUUAUUUGGAAAUAAAAUUGUUUUUAUGAAAUGAUGAAUUAAUAAAUUAACAUAUACACUUAAUUUAAGAUAUUUUUAUUUGUUUCACCAGACAGAAAAAGGUGUUUUAUUGUCUUAAGAGACCAAAUGUCUUACAGACUGGCUUAUUUUAGGGAAAAUGGACAAGAUGUCAAGACUUUAUUGUAAUUUUCAUAUCAGUUUUACCUCCUGCACCUUGAGCACUGAUCAAAUACUUUUUUUUUCCUUUGGUCAUGUACUAAACUUAGCUGCAGGUUUUGUUCCACAUACAUUUUUUUUUUUUUUUAAGCAUCUGUUGUAGCAGAACAUUUUCCAAGAUAAAUAGAAAUAUAAUCCCUUUAUCCAAUAAAACAGAUCUGAGAAGAUGACUCUUACAAACUUCUGUUGCUCCACAAAAAAAAAUACAUAAGUGCUGCUGAAGGGGAUUCACUCGAUUCUUUCAAUGAAUUCG